GAUACCAAGUGGCUGUGUAUGUUUCAGGGUGGGUAGUUCAUUUCUUCAGAGGGGACUACAGUGUUGUUAAUCAAGAUGCAGUUCAUGCUUCUAUUCAGCCGACAAGGCAAGCUCAGGCUUCAGAAGUGGUAUGUGCCUUUGUCUGAUAAGGAGAAAAAGAAGAUCACCAGGGAGUUGGUGCAGACGGUCCUGGCUCGAAAGCCCAAAAUGUGCAGCUUUCUGGAGUGGAGGGACCUCAAGAUCGUAUAUAAGAGAUAUGCCAGCCUGUACUUCUGCUGUGCCAUCGAGGACCAGGACAACGAGCUCAUCACACUGGAGAUCAUCCACAGAUAUGUGGAGCUGCUGGACAAAUACUUUGGCAGUGUUUGUGAGCUGGACAUUAUUUUCAACUUUGAGAAGGCUUACUUCAUCCUGGAUGAAUUCCUGCUGGGUGGUGAAGCUCAGGAGACGUCCAAAAAGAACGUAUUGAAGGCCAUUGAGCAGGCCGACUUGUUACAGGAGAAUAUAGACUUUCAGAUGCGCCUAUUUGCAGGUGUGAUGGUCCCAAAUAUGGUCUCUGAGUCCUCUGGUCUUUUCCAGAAUUAGGCCUGCUGAGCCCCGUCAUGAGUACUUUAAUGUGCCUGUGUACUGAUUGGCUGCCAUCGCUGCUGCUGCUGCUGCUGCUGCUGCUGCUAUCCACCCUGCAUGCUGAGCUCCUCAGUGCCUGGCACCUUGCUCUCUGCCCUCUGAGCACCUGUUAUUGCCAUGUGGUUUGGGGGGUGUUAAAAUAUUCUCAGCUCACUGUUCAGCUCCAUACAUGACAGUCAUGAUACGAUAUUGUCACAGUGUUAAUUUAAAACUACAGUAAAUGAUGAUAACACUUAGAGAAGUUACUCAUCAGUGUGUUUAUUAAUAAUAAUGUAAUGUGUUGUGUGGUGACACAUUGGUACAUGCCUGUCAUUCAUCCACUUAUUAUUGGUUUCAUUGCAACAGUUGAACACCUCUCUUUAUUAUUCACUGUAAAACAGCAAGUGCCAUCAUGAUCCAAGAGAAAGAUCCACUUACUAGAUUUUCUUCAGCGUGUUAAACCUUCAUCAGUGAAGGGAAGUACAGCUUUAAAGGGGACCGCCACCUGUGAACAUGAGCGACUCUCUCAAAGCCAGAAACCAGAGAAGUGAGUCUUAAACUUGUGAUGUCAUCAAGUAUAAAGUCUGGAGCUGCUCCAUAGACGAUGAACAAGAGACUGAUUUUGAGGACCCACUGAAUAUUUGUUUUCUUUUUUAUAUCACACCGGUGGCGAACGCUGUGUGUUAAAAAAAUAAGCCCCUACACCAGCGGCUGCUGGAUGCACAUCUGGACGUAAUGCCGUACGGCACUUCAUGCCACUGUCCUUGCUACCCUGAGAACUAAAUGCAUCCCUCCCCAAGUCGCUCUCUGCUUGUAUAUACCAGCUCCCAUAGCACUUCUUCUUCUCUGCUAUGGCAGCUCGACUUCUCUCCUCACCACUGAUGCAUAAAGAGAACUCUGUUGCUGUUGCUGUGUCUCGUGUGUGACGAAACAUAGAUGAGGAGAGACUCGUGGUUGAGGUUGAGCUCAACAACCCACAGUCCAGACAUUAUAAAGGCAAAAAGAUAUCGCCCGGCGAGUCAACUCAGGAGAUCAGCUCUUUGGGUGAAAGAUCAACUUUAAUUAGGGGCUCUCCACAAGUGAUUUUAAGCUAACGCAGACGUGGAGGAGUUACAGAUCUUUCAGUAAAAGUAGUAGUGACUUUGUGUGGUCGUCUGUUAACGAGCUGCGGAGCAAUGCGUUCAGUGUGUGCUGGGGCGGCACGUGACGUGUGUCAUGUUUCUAGCUUCAGUGUCAUCUAGAACAUCUUUCACCAUUCAUUGGGUGCGGUUACAUGAUGGCCUCUCAUUCAGAAUGAAAUAAAUCUGAAUGAAAUCAUUCGGAAUUAAAGUCUUUCCAGGUAGUUUACAUGAGAAAUAUUCAUUCCGAAUGAGGGUUUACACAGGAGAUCAGUUUAAUUGCCUUUUUUCGGGUCUGCGCAAGGUUUGGGGCAGGGAAGGUUUCUGAUUGGAUAGGGGGCGGGGCGGAUGUUACGUGUUUACGUUUACCGGAAGAAAACACUGUAGUCCUCGCUCCGGAUAACAAGAUGCUUGACGACGCCGUUCUUAGUGCCUUUUUCGGGCUUGUUUUGCUUAUAUUCUUGAAGCAGCAGUACGACAACAACCUUGUUCUGCUAAUGCUUCGUCUGUUGAGGAGGAGAAGGGAGGUAGAAGGUCGAAGAAGGGAGAUAGAAGACCGUGCUGUGGCGAAUGGAAACCGGUGAGUGCAACGAGUCCGACUGCUCUAUCUCAGCCCAUUGCUAUGCGCGCUAUAUACGUCAUCGGGCCAGAAGGGCAAGGAAACGAGCAUGCGCAGAAAGACCGGAAUGACCUUAAAGAGGAAUGAGUGUAUACAUGCACACAAAAUUAUGCUAUUCGGAAUGACAAAUGGAAUAAACCACCCCCUUUAAUCGGAUUUAAUUUUCAGUCGGAAUGACCGUUUACAUGACCACUUUUAAUCGGAAUGGCCUUUCGUUCCGAAUGAAAGUGGAAUUAAACUGUCCAUGUAAACGUACUGAUUGUCUAUGGAGCAGCGCCAGACUUUAUACCUUGUGACAUCACAAAUUAGAGUUUUAACACUCUAGUUUUUGGAUUUUGAAGACAGUUGUUUAUGUUUACUAAUAUUUUUGGAAAUUUGCAGCUGAUAUACUAAUUAUUAUGUAAAGGUUUUAUUGAUAACAUUUUUAUGUAGAUGAAUCAGUUUUAAUAAAUAAUACAUCUACAGUUUUUACGUGCGGGCUAAAAUUAUGUCUUUUCUGAAAGAAAGAAAUAUGCUGUGAAUUCAUCAUUUUAAAAAUUUCAUUGAGUCCAAAAUUAAUGUUUUCUUUCUAUCUGUGUAAGAUGUCUGACCUUUGGUUACUAUGUCUAACAAGGCUUAGAACCAGUAAUAUAACAGCGUUGGUAUCAUGUGGUAUCUCGGUGUUCAAUUCAAUUUAAUUUUAUUCAUAAAGCCCAAUAUCACAAAUCCCAAUUUGCCUCAGAGGGUUUUACAGCAUACGACAUCCCUCUGUUCUUUGACCUUCACAGCGGAUAAGGGAAAACUCCCCAAAAAACCCUUUAAUGGGGAAAAACUGGUAGAAACCUCAGGAAGAGCAACUGAGGAGGGAUCCCUCUUCCAGGACGAACAGACGUGCAAUAGAUGUCGUUGAGAACAGAUCAAUAUGAUAAAUUAACAGUAAUCUGUAUGACACAAUGAGACAGAGAGAGAACAUCUACAACAACAUUCAUAUUAGUAAUAAAAAACGUUAAUGUUAUCAAUAUCACCUUUAAAACCAGUCGAAUUCAGCUGCUGUAGUUUUUGGUUGAAAGAAAAUCUGUACAGUAUUGGAUCAGGGUGGCAUCUGACUGAUGGUCACAUUUAUCACACUGAAGUUACACAACACAGAUCAUUACAAAAUUAUCCACUCAUGAUGGAUAUGUUCUCUACAACAUCCCCAUUUAUUCUUCUGUUUCUCUGUGCUGUUGUCACUCAGAAUUUGUGGGGAAAGUCUGCCCCCUAUGGUGCACACGUGUGUCUGACUGUGUCUGACUGUGUUGAAGUGCUCAGUACAUCUUAAAGGCAUUUGAUCUGAGUGUAAACAAACUCUCUGUAAAGAAAUAUUUGAAGACCAGAUCACAGAAUAUGAUCAUCUGAAUUCUGAUGUCACUUCAACACAGAAUUGAAGACCAUCACAUUCACACUGAAGUGUUUAUUAUGUCCAAGAGGUGUUCAUCCAGUCAGUUAUUGGGUCCCUCACUGGUCUUUAUGGUGUUUCUUGUGUAUUUGUUGGUACAGUUUUGUGUUUGUCUUCUCACUUCAUAUCAUAUGUGUUUGAAUUUUAGGUAUUGUCCUUGCUUUGAUUUGUAGGAGUUGUUAUAAUGUUUUAUUAAUCAGAACAAACCUAGUUCAGACCACAGCACACACUAGAAGUUCUAAUAGCUUUUCAAUAUUUUAAAUGAUUUUUAAGAGUUUUAAAUUAUUUAUAGCUCCUGAUUAUUUACCGUUUAAAUAGAUAGUGAAGAUCCUACUCUUGAGGUAGGUUUCUGUAGUAGAAUUAAAGCUGGGGUAGGUAGAAAUCUUACUUUGAAAACACACCCUCCUCCUGCAGCCCUCUCCUCUCUCUGUCCUAAGCAUCUCCCAGCAGAUGUGCACGGGCACAUGCACGCGCUUCAUACAGUAACCCAGUGUUUCCCAUACGCUGAUUUAUAUAAUAUUAUUUAUAUUGUGCAGUUGCACGCAGCUCAUUUGCUCAGUCCCUCUGCGAUCUGCUCUCUCUUCCUCUGUUUAUCAGACCACAAAGGAGACAAGGAUUAGCUGCGAGCCAUCCCAUGGUCCCUCCGCCUUGCUCCUCACCGCUGUGGACUGCUUCCUGGCAGCAGCUCUGCAGACUGACCUAAGUCAGCGCCUGUAGUGGCUCAAAUUCGGCCAGUGCAAACCCCUCAUCCUCAGGUGUCACAUGAGCAUGUGGCUUGCAGCAACGCGGGGUCUAUCCUGUCUAAUGUAAUGGCAGCAACAGAAAGUUUGCUGAUCUGGUGGAGAGUUGGGGCUGUCCGUUCCCCUUGAGCUGGGGUUUGCACUGGCUGGAUUUGUCGCUGCAGCUGCUGACUGGGGAUUCGUCUCCAGAACAGCGGCCUGCUCUCCUUUCGAUGAGGUGGUCUAUAACGGUGGGGAGUGAGGCGGAUGUUAGCUACAUAAACAUGAACUUGAAACCAUAGCUGCGAGCCUUUAGCCCCGUUUCCACCAAACACUUUCGGUAUGGUACCUUUGGAACCAAAAGGAACCCUUAAGACAUGGUACCUAGACCCUACUGUUUCCACUGCAAACAGUGCUCUUAAAUGUGGGUGUGGUUGUUGUCACUCACUGCUCCGUCCAGCACUCACUGUAUUUCCUACUUUAUCAGUCUGCACCUCGUUUAUCGUCCACAGAACGAGGCUGCAGUGAGAGUCUCUCUCCACGGGAUAUUUAAAAAUAGCGUGUUUGUGCAUUUAGUCCUUCUCAGGCAAGCUCAGGGGUUUAAGGCCCGUUUCCACCGCAGGAACUUCGGGGUAAUUUUAUGGGGCCGGGGCUGUUGGUGCGUGUCUCCACCGCAGAAACCACCCCCGAAGGACAGAGUUCCGGAACUUUUACAGGGGUUAAACAAGUCCCUGCCUCGGAGUAGGUACUCAGAACGGCCCCGAGAAACUCCUGGCUGGGGCUUGGGGGUUACUUGGUGCUGAUUGGAUAUACUCAAGGCGGGAUGUGACGUUUUGUAAAUAACAUGGUUAUCGUAGAUUAGCUGGGCUAACCGUUAGCUGUUAGCAGUGUCUGUAAUAAUUCAAUAAAUGGUCCGUGAAAAUUUUUUUUUUUCCUGCGGAUAUCUUAGUUACAACAUGAUUGAGCUAGCAAAGCAGUUUUGUGUUGAUAUGUGUGGUAUUUAUUCAGUUUUGGGAAAUCACGAUGUCUAGAAAGCAUCAGCUGACAGGGACAGCUAACAGCAGCAGCAAAGCUAACAUCAGGACGUCAUCUGUUAAAAGCCUCCCGUUGUCGGAUACGACAUGAAACUACUCCAGUUAGCUCAAUCAUGUUGUAACUAAGACAUCCACUGGAAAAAAAAAAAUUUUCAUGGACCGUGACCGGAGUUAUUACAGACACCGCUAAUGGCUAACGGCGUCCUUACGCCCCUACGUCGCCCCGAUCAAAAUGGUCGCGCAACGAUUACGUCAUAUACAGAGCCCGGUAACUUUACAGGAACCUUCCUCCUACUCCGCUCUCUCAGUGGAGACACAGCGGUUGAGAGGGCUGAGCGAGAGGACGUUCCUGUAGUAGUUCCUGCCCCCCAAAUAGUACCAGGAACUUCUUCAGUGGAAACGGGCCUGUAGUGUUGCUGUAGCCCACAGGAACAAUGCUUCGCGAUGCUUUUUUUCUUCAAAUGAGGUUUAGAAUAUAUGCAGUGGUCGUAAUUAACAUCUAUUUUUAAAUGCUUGAAGAUCCACUCAUUACUAAAAGUGUAUGUCAUCCAAGAGAGACAAUAAAAACUAAAGUAAUGGUUAAAGUUGUCUAAAUGAAAUUUAAGGUGAUGGAUUCACUAUUGACCAGUCAACGGACUGCAGUGUUCACAGCUCCACCUUUUAGUACCAGAUCUGUGAGCUAGGUACCCCAACAGAGGGGACCAAACAUGGGGAUGGUAAGGAAUGGUUCUAUUGGUACCAUCCACAACUUUUCACAGUGGAAACAGAAAAAUUUGCGAAGGAAAUGGGGCUUUUGGCUCUGGUUAGGAGAAGGCUAAACUAUUAGCAACAUUUUCUCUCCAUCUCUGAAACACUUUGCCGAUACUGGCACACGUUUGAUUUUGUUUAUUGUCAGACUCUCUUUUAGACUCUGUUUGAGUCUGUCUUCCUUUUCUGGGUCCCUUUGCAGCGCAGGCAGUCGUUGCCAAUGCUGGAAUAGCAACCUAAUCUGCAGGAUUCUCCGCCACUGAAUCAGGCUGUCACUGAAGGGACAUGCACUCAUGUCUGCAUUUAUAGAACAGCCAAUAGGAACGUCCCCUCUCUGUCUGAAUGACCUGUGAUUGGUCAAAGUCUCCUGUCAUGGGCUAGAUUUUCAUAAGCCUUAAAACAGAGCCAAGAGGAGGUGCAGAAGUCAGUUUUCUUUCAGUUUAUUAUAGGAUUGUUGUCCGUAUAAACCAAAAUUAAACUUCCUACCCCGGCUUUAAUCAUGCUAAAGAAAUAUUUUGCACUGAUUAACUACAAGCUGGUGUGGCUUUUAUGUUAUUUUGAUAGUAGACAUUUAAACACACUUGAAAUAAUCAGCCUUAGAAAUUCUCCAUCUUUCUUAAACGCACACUGACUCAGCACUUGUUUUAUAUCUGUGUGUCCGACUAAGAUAGAGACCAUCCUGAUAAAUUUACUAUGAUGAUGAUGAUGAUAUUUUCUCAAUGUAUAUAAUAGAUAAAUAAAUUGUUUAUGAUUCAUUGUCAGUAAA